GGAGCUCCCAACCACCGACGUGGUUCGCAGCUGUUGCUCCGGUUGGAAAAGGGAGCAAUCUGCCACAAAAGACAGGAGCCCUCGAGGCCCCAGCUGCGCACAGUCCCUGGAGUCGUCUUCCGAACGACGUUUUGGACUCACCCUCCUUAAAGCUCUCAUGGCUUUCACGCUCUCUCGGUGUAAUUCUCGAACUGCUACAAUGGCUUUGAUUUUAGCGGCAGUCGUCUUUGUGUACCAGCUGGAGACUACUGUGGGGUUCGGUCCAUGGACUGCGACGGGGGAAUGCGAUGGUCCACAGUUCGAGCUGACCUGGUGAGGUUAGGAGUUACGGCCGUCAGGUCGGGAGAAUGGCGCUGAUGUCGAGCAGCGUAGACCGUGCGCGGAAGCAGGCUGGAAACGGGGGUAGUGAGAGGGCUCUGGUUAUGGUUCGGAAGCCGUGGUCGGCUGACUGGCUUGGGGUGGAGGUGGAAAGGAAGGCGAGCCAUCUGAUUCGAGAGAGAGCUGGAUCAGCUGAGCUGCACGGAGCAGGAGCUCGUUUGAAACACUGAAUGGUGUCGAGAAUCGAAUUUUAGACAGAUUGACAGCUCGGGGGCAAUGGCGGUCACUCUGUCUCACCUCAGUCUGUCCUGCGGCCCGUCUGCCUCGUCCGUUUCGCAAUCGCAGAGGAGGACGGUUGAAGACCAAGCGCAGCAUUUUGUUUCAGCCCCGGUCUCGCGCAGCACAGGUUCUAUCGUAUUGAAAGGGAAUGGAGUCUGCCACAGCGCCAGAAGCUCUUUCGCUGGAGAUGUUAGACAGCUUACAGCUUCGGUAUGGAGCGUGCCCAAAGCCGGAGGGUUUGGUUCCAGGCCACUAGUUGUGGCUGCUGCUAGACCUGUUAUCCAAUUCAUCAGGGGCAUCAAUGAACAAACUGUUCCGGAUGUGAAGCUCACCAGAUCCCGAGAUGGAACAAAUGGGGUGGCCAAUUUUGAGUUUGACCAGCCUUCUGUAUUCGACUCUUCCAGGGAGUUGGGAGAUAUCACUGGCCUUUAUAUGAUUGAUGAAGAAGGUACGCUCUCAUCCGUGGACGUCAGUGCAAAGUUUGUCAACGGUAAACCAGCAAAGAUAGAAGCUCGAUAUGUCAUGCGCAACAUCAAGGAGUGGGAUCGAUUCAUGCGCUUCAUGGAGCGUUAUGCGAACGAGAACGAGCUGGGAUUUGUCAAGAAACAAUAGAAAAACCAUGUUGCUUCUACUUAGUUCAAAUUCUUGAAAAUUCUGCUGUGACACUCUAGUUUUAUGAAGAAUUAGUCGAUCUCAUGCAGGGAAUUGCUGAUUACCAAUAGAUAUCUCACCUCUGUAUCACUAAGCCUCUGCUUUGAGGCAAAUGAUUUCCACAUGUGGGUUGUUGAACAAUUCAUAACCCGAUCUGUGCACGGUUGUCUGCUCUGCCCACUAUCCUGAAUGUCACUGUUUCAAGACCACUGCCCCUUGACCAAGAAACUGCCUAAGGCAGGAUGAACGGGAGGAGAGUGUAUAGUCAGAUGUCAAAUUUCUCGGAAACAAAGUAUCCGUGUGAUCUUUCUAAUACAACCAGAUUUUUUGUGCGGUUUUUCCUUGUAAUAACUUUCAACGUUAGAUGAGGUUUUCUACCACAUCCCUUAGUACGAAGGACAUGCUAAAAAUAUAAGACUUGAAAGCUCUCAGCUCGAAAACCUUUACCUCAUCUCCUUCUGUGCGACCAGCUAUGCACGGUGUCGAAGUGUUGAGUUUACUGGUUGACGCUAUCUCAAGAACAGACACGACGUGUGUGGAAGGACCGCAGACAUUAAUAUACAAGUCAAUUGGUUUGCGCGUUUCCCCUUCUAAGAUGACCACUCUGCCCAGAACCACACACCUUGAAGGCUUUCGAAUGCAAUUAGCGGUACACAGCUUAGUCUCUGGAGAUACAGCUGUGGAUUGUGGAGACUGAAAGCUAUUACUUGCAUUGGACAUUAUGGAGUACUGUGUCCAGGAUAGUCGAUGGAUGAGUUGUUACUCAGAUCAGAGCUGCACCAGUCUGUGACUAGCAGAAUGGGAUAUUCCCACUCCAAUAACGGUACAACUAACUAGCGCAAUUAUAA